UUGGGAGUUCCUCACAGAACCUAUUCUGCGGUCGGUAUCGUCGCGCCUCGUCUAGACACUGAUCAAACCAAUAUAGUUUCCGAUCGGGGGCAGGGUGAGUACACGGUCACUCGACGACUACAGUACACAGAACACGCAGGAGGCGAGCGGCGCGGGGCACGCGGCGGAGCCCUAGCGCCCGGCGCCGCCCGCCUCGCGGGGAACGGUUCCAGCCGCUUUUCUAGCACAGGCACCACCGGCCGCCGCGCUAACACAGUGGAGUAA